AAUGGUCUGCCUUCAGAACAAAACCGUUAUGUCUUUAAUGGCGAUUUUGUUGACAGAGGGAAAAAUUCUAUGGAAAUACUUAUAAUCCUAUUUGCAUUUCUUCUUAUCUACCCCAAUGAUUUACACUUGAAUAGAGGAAACCAUGAAGACUACAUCAUGAACCUGAGGUAUGGCUUCACAAAAGAAGUUUCAAAGAAGUACAAGGACCAUUGGAAACAGAUUUUGUGCCUUCUGCGAGAUGUCUUUAGCUGGCUUCCCCUUGCCACUAUAAUUGAUAGCAAAGUUCUUAUCCUGCAUGGAGGGAUUUCAGACACCACAGACUUGGAUUUCCUGAAUGCUCUUGAGAGAAAUAAGCUGAAAUCUUUGAUGCGGCCACCAAAGUCAGUGGCAGACAGACAGGACCAAACGAAGGAGAAAAUUUCCACAAGCAAACCCAGUAAACACAUUGCCAAACAGCAUGUUGCAGGGAAGACACAACACAUCUCUACAUCAGGCUCCACUGAACCUUCAGGCUCAAAUUUGCCUCCAGACCCCACCCCGAAGGAAUGGAAACAAAUCCUUGACAUUCUCUGGAGUGAUCCAAGAAGCCAAAAUGGCUGUACACCAAACAAGUGUCGAGGAGGAGGCUGUUACUUUGGUCCUGAUGUCACUGCCAAGCUGUUUAAAAGGUAUAAUCUGAAGAUGCUCAUCAGGUCUCAUGAAUUUAAGCCAGAAGGCUAUGAGAUCAGUCAUGAUGGGAAGGUUAUCACCAUAUUUUCUGCCUCUAACUAUUACGAAGAGGGGAGCAACAGGGGAGCAUACAUCAAACUGAAUCCUGAACUGAUUCCUCGGUUUGUACAGUAUCAAGUCAGCAAGUACACACGCAGGCAGAACCUUCGGGAGAGGGUGGGUACAAUUGAAUCAUCUGCCUUGAAGUCCUUACGAGAGAAGAUUUAUGCUCACAGGUCUGAACUCACUAGUGCUUUUGCACAAUAUGACAUCAAUGGCACAGGCAGGAUUUCUGUCAAUGACUGGGCUGCAGCAAUGGAGUCUGUCCUACAGCUGGAGCUGCCCUGGAGGAUGCUGCGGUCUCAGUUAGCACAGAUGAACCCAGAUGGAGAAGUUGACUAUAUGUCAUGUUUUUAUGAUUUGAAAAUGGGUCAACCUAUAAAAGAGGCUCAGCCAGCUUUGGCAGAAACACUGUGCAGAUACAGAAAGGAUCUAGAGAUCAUCUUUAACAUCAUUGACAAGGAUCACUCAGGUCUGAUUUCUCUUGAGGAGUUUGGCCAGACGUGGAGACUCUUCACCUCUCACCUGGGCAUUGAUGUACAUGAUGACUCCCUUGACAAGUUAGUCCUCAGCAUAGACUACAACAAAGAUGGCCACAUUGACUUCAAUGAAUUUUUAGAGGCCUUUCAUGUUGUUCACAGACUUGAGAAAAAGGCAAACUCAUGA